AUGACUCCGUUUGCUUCUAAUAUAAUAAACACACCUAUAUCCGAAAAACAAAAACGUAUCCUUCUCUUCAACGUUAACCAACCACUUGAACUUUUGAUAGAGGAGUUCGAUAAAGAAUGGUGGCCUCUUGUAUCAAAUAUAUGGACCAGCUUUAGCUGUAAAAAUAAUGUUAAUGGUGACUUGUGGAAAGUUUUUGUUUGUCGGUUUAAAAAACAUAAUAAGUCAAGUACCCGGAAAGAAGACAUUCCAAAUGAGAAAUGUCACAUAACGAAAAUUCGACCUGCUGACUUAUGUUCCGCAAAAAUUAAAGUUCAACGCUAUUUUUCUGAACAGAAAGUACGAAUUGAACGAUUUAAAGAUUCACCUGAUCAUUCACACCCAAUUGAAGAUAGUAAAAAACUAAAACGCUCAGAAGUUGUUCGUGAAUUAGUUAUGCAAGAAGCCGUAAAAAACUAUCGACCACCAGAGAUCGUUAGCGCAGUUAAGGAGAUUGCAACUGAAACACUGGAUUUAGGUGAAUGUGUUAAGGAGUUGAGACNCCAAUAG